GAGGGUGUAUAUGUGCAGAGGAAGCUGAGGAGGAGGAAGGUUUAGGGGCUGCUUAAAGCUAUUCUCUAGCUUAUUCUUCAACUAGAUAAGCAAUGGAGAUUUCUGAAGGUCUGUAGAUUCAUGUUUACUCAUAUUUAAUAUAUUAUCUAUAUACUAAAAAUAAUAAACUUGCAUAGAAUUAAAUAUAUUUACCUGCAAACUCAGAGAAUCUGAAGAAACUUGAAACGGAUAGCUCCAGAUCCAGAAGAUUCGGGCCAGAUCUCCUCUAAAGGUGCCUUGGAGUGAAACAUUGUGAAAACCUGUGGACAUUGUUUAUGCACAACUAAGGAUGGAAGAACUUCACAACAUACCAAUUGAAAAUUGGACUGAGACCAUGGUGGGCACAUGGUUACAAUCAAUUGGAGUGAAAGAGCAGUACAUCAAGAAACUUCACGAAGAAGAAGUAGAUGGUCGGAUCCUCCUUCAAAUCACAGAAGACUAUCUGAGAAAAGAGACUGGAAUGAAAUCUGGCCCUGCACUUUUAAUAAUUACUAAACGAAAUGAGUUGGUUAAAAGUGUACACAAAGGACAGAGGCAACAUGAUAAAGCGGUACAUGAAAGAACUGUUCAAAAGAGUGGCCAAAAAAGAGCAUCUUCCACUAAUAAUGAUUCAACAACCAGCUCUCCUCAGAAAGGAGAGCUUAAACAAGAUUCAGUGAUGAUCCAAAAAACAAGAAGAGAUUCAAAACCUCGACCUUUUGGUACAAGCAGUGUUGACUUUACGUAUGUUCAGCACAAUGUUCUACAGCCCGAAUCUGGUCCCAUUGAUCUUGUAACGCCAUGUCACGAAUACAAGGCAUUUACUGAUGCUGCUACACUGGACCAACAAAGACUUCAAGCCAAACUGGCUAAGGAAGUUUUCAAAUUUGCCACAGGAUGCAUGAAUGCACGAUCAAAUGGCACAAUACACUUUGGAGUAAUGGAUGGACAGGACAGUUCUUGUUAUGUACAUGGUGAAAUUGUUGGUGUUCCAGUUCGAAAAAAGAACCUGUACGCUGAUGUGUUGAACCUCAUUGACAGAAGUUUUUCCUCCACAGACACUGAGCUAGUACAGCAGUGCAUUCGACCCCCAGAGUUUAUUCCGUUAACUCACACAGAUAACGAAGAAGAACGCUAUGUAGUUGAGUUUGACGUUGUACCGUCAGUAAGCGUAGUCAGGAACAAGAUGUUUGGUGUCCGCUUGCCAAACUUUCGAGAGGAAUCAAACAAACUGGAAUUCGAAAAGGAAACGAUCUUUUGCAGACAAGGUUCCAGAACACAGCCAACUGAUGCAAACACGUUUCACCGCAAACUUCAGAGCAUCGACUCUCAAAGAGAAGCAAAAGAGCAAGAGCCAGAGCUGGCGAAUCCUGAAGUUCCCCAGGAUCUUGGAAGAAAACUGAUCAUGCUUGUGACAAGUGGGAAGAAAAUAAUGGAAAAAGAGAAAUGGUACAUACUUGUUACCAACCGAUUUUCCAAGGAAGAUCUUAAGAACAUUGACUUCUUGCUGAACAUGAACAUUUUCUGCGUGUUUGAUUUCGACCCAGACUCUAAAGUUUCUGGGUUAUGUCAUGAGUAUGACAAACACCAUGCCGUGAAUGUUCAUUUCAUGCAGAACUACAAAAUUCCGAGUGGCAUGAACGUCAGGGACUUCGAGAGUCAUCUCCGUUUGUUUGAGCAAACAAGUUGGAUAUUUUGUAACGGACGGAGUGAUUUCAAAGGCAAUGAGCCCCCUUGCGAUGAACUUACUUGGUCUAAAACAAGGAGGACCUUCCUAAAAGACUGUGUCUCGCUGAUCUGCAAAGAUAUCCUGCCUAAGGGAACGUUUCUCGUGAUGUUCCUACUCACCUCUCCUGUUGAGACGCCCCUUCUGAACACAUUCUAUGAGUUCUUCACUGACAUGGAAGGCCACGAAGACAUCAUCUGCAUCUCGGAAUCAAAGGAGAAUUUUCAGAAAUGGCAGAACUUUGCUCUUGGAUCAUGUAGUGAACAAAAUGUGAGAGAUUCAAGCGUUGUUGGGAUGAAAAUGAGCCACAUCAAUGCAACUUUGCUGCGAAUCCAGACGACCACAGUCCGUGCAGCUAAGCUCUUACCUGUGCAUGUCAAAGGAGAGUGCCGUCUUGAGAAUCGAGAGGAGGAGAUGAUGUGUUCCUUAGAGAUUUUAAGCAGCAAUCAGUGCGAAGACACCAAACCUGAGGUCAUUACAUCACAGAAAGAGGACAUAGAGAGAGAGUUUUACCGUGGAGGAAAAGUUACAUGGAUGAACUUCUGGCUUGCAGAGGAAAAGUACGUUGGUGACAUUAUUUACAGAGAUGCCUACAAAGAAGUGAGCAACCUUCUCACAGAUUCUCUUCCGUGGAGUCCAGAUCAGCCACAUAUACACUGCAUUAACAUAUACCAUCAACCCGGCAGUGGGGGAAGCACAGUAGCAAGGCAGGUUCUGUGGAACCACAGAAAGAAGCUAAGGUGUGCGGUUGUGAAACCAUCGUACUCAGUUACUACAGUUUCAGAACAUGCGGUCAAGCUUUGGCAGUACGAGGAAAAAGACCCACAGAAAUGCCUCCCUGUUCUCUUGCUUAUUGAGGAUUGCGAUAAAGAGUAUAUCGAAGACUUGAAGAAAGAAUUAGAGACGGCCGUCUGGGCCAACAAAAUCACACGUGGAACAGUGUGCUUCAUUCUCCUCAGCUGUAGACGAUCCCACGACCCAGAGAAAACAUCUAGGGCUUCACCUCUUCAGAAUGUCUCUGUGACUCACAAACUUUCAGACAACGAAAAACGACUCUUUGCAAGCAAACGGCAAGAGCUCGAGCAGCAAUUCUCACCAGAGUUCAUUCUGACAUUCAUAUUGAUGAGCGAGGAAUUUGAAAAUGUGACCAUCGCUGGUUAUGUCAAAAAGUUUGUGGAGCAUUUGCUGCAAGACAUUGAUCACGCAUCUGACGUCACUAAACUCAUCUGCUACGUAGCUCUGCUCAACACCUACGUCCAGAACUCUUUCAUCUCCCAGUCGCACUGUGAAGACCUUCUUGGUUUAUCUAUCCUGAUAAAACACAUGGAUCGAUUCCGUCAGCAUACGUUUGAGGGGUCUCUGAGCAACCAGGCUAAGUUGAUCUUUAUACACCUGAGAGAUGAGAAAACCCAAAUUCAGUCUAUCCGAAUCAUUCACCCAUUAGUUGCCAAGGAAAUUCUCCACCAGCUUUUGAAAGACAAGCAACAACAACAAAGUGACCUUGCGCUCGAUCUUCUCAACAACGAUGUCCUCUUUGAUCACAGAUUUGGACGAGAAGACUACUUGAAAUUCCUUCGCGCACUUUUCAUGAGACGUUACAGGAUCAGCAAAGGCGAUAAUACGGACAGCCUCUUCUCUCCACUGAUUGAGCAUGUGAGAAACAAGGAAAGCCCAGACAGAGCUAUUGAGCUUUUCAAGGAGGCUUACAAAAGGUUCGACAAGGAUCCAUUUUUUGCUCAGCACAUCGCUCGUCUCAGCUACAAGCACGAAAAAUUUGAAGACGCUGAAUACUGGGCAGACAUCGCCACAACAAAACAGCCAAGCAACUCCUACUUUCUUGACACCAAAGGUCAGGUAUAUAGAAGAUGGUUCUUAGCAAAAUGCAAACAAAUCGAAAAUGACACCAAAACGCCUGAGAAUACAGCCAAUGUCAUCGAAACUGCCCUCAAAGCCAUUGACUGCUUUGAAGCGUGUCAGAAAGCAGCUGUUGCGGACACUGAGUCAAUGAACAAUUCAGGAUUUUUCGCAACUGUCGAGGUGGGAUGUGCCUUGUUGGAGCUAAUUUCUUCGCUUCAUGUGUUCUCAAAACAGGACGACCUCUCCGAAUGCGUAAAAUAUUUUGUGGUCAAGGAGCACGUUCCCAAAGAAAUCGAAAAACCAUGGGAGGCUUUUCACCACAAGCUUAAAACCCUUCAAGUCGUGAUGCAGAAGUCAUUGGAGUGGAUAUCGGAAGAACUGAGCUACUUCCAGACAGACGCAGAUGCAGAUGAGGAGAACUCUCAGAACGUUGAGCUGAAAAUAUAUAACCCAAAGCGCUGGUUGGUCAGUAAGUCCUCUGUUUAUGGGAAGUUCUUCAGUAGUGUGCCUGGCCAGUGUCAAUCUGAUCCAGCUAAACUGACUCCCUUCAGUAAGCGCAUGAUCAUCAGCAGCCUUGGUGGAGGAAACAUCACAACAAUCUUUGCCAUCUUAGACAAGAAAGACAAAAAGAAUGAAGAGAAAGAAAAAAGAACAGGAAAGAAGGACAAAAAGGCGAGAGAGAAAGAAAAAGAGGCUGCAGACAUUUUAGAGGAAAUAAUCUCACUGUAUCCAAAAAACCCAGCAGGUUCUAAAAUGGAUCAGGUGGACAUUGCGAACUACAUAUCAUCUCAUUUUGCUUUGAGUACAGCCUCACUACGCCGUUCGCCUAAUCUGGCUCCUUUCAGUGAUUUACGAAAACUCAGUCACCAGUUUCCUCAUGACAGGUCUAAAUGCCUGGCAACCGCUCUUUUCUUAAGCAUGCUGUUAGACUGGCCGGAAGAUCAUGACACGGGUAGUGAAAAGGAGAAGAAAUACGAAGCCAUUCUCUCAGCUGUUGAAUACCUCCAACCUGUGUACUCGAAGAAACGGAAGGAGGUCCGGUUCAAAAGCAGGCGGAUCUACACUCACUUCUUCCUGGGAGAUGGACUUGGAUAUGACAAAUUCGUCCACAAGAGUAAGAUCGAAAAGGCCAAAGAACUUCCCUCAGUUUCAGAGAAACGUCUCAGGUGGCUACAAGGGGAAUUGUUCAGAGCACCGGAAAUCGCCAAAAUGCUGAAGCGUGUCAGUGGCUGGACAGAGAAUGAAAUUUUGUACCUUGAUGGUCCGAAAAGCAAAAAGCUUCCUAUUCAGGCCAUGCAUGACGCCUCAAUGCCCCAUGGCAAUGAGAAUGUCACCUUCUAUCUGGGCUUCACCUUCAGAGGACCUGUUGCAUACGACAUCAGAGUGAGUGAUUAGUCAACCGUGACGCCAACAGGUGGCGACAAUUGGUAGUUACAGUACAUUUUGAGAUUCAAACCCUAUGUAGAGUUCCAUAAUUACAUUGUGGAAAAUCCUUUGCACCAUCUAUACCCCACUAUCUCAGCUCAACUAUAGGUUAAACAAACUUCACCCAACAAUAUCUUACAAUAAAGACCUUCCAGAGCAACGGCCAAUUGCAUACCACGUACUCUUACUAUACAUCUUACUAUACUAUACCGUACCGCUUACUAUACAUCUGGAGGACUGCAUCCGGCACAAGUGGAAUUCACCAGAGUGUACUAGACGAACAUAUCAAACACCAGGGCAUUCUUACAGUAAUCAAUUCACCUUGACCUCUGUCUGACAGGAAACCCAUGCAAUCACUUAUACAACAUUAAGAAUCCACCCAGAUAGGGACUUGAACCACAGACCCCUAGUGGUACGAGGUGAACAUGCUAGCUACCAAGCCACCGUGCCGCCCAAAUUUUGAGUAAUAUAAAAUAUAGUGUGAAUGAGGAGAGUACAGAUUGAAUUUAACUGACUUAAGCCCUAUCUGAAAGGGAUUAGUUUCUCAGAGGGACGUCUGGACGUCUGAAAAAUAUUUCACACUUCUACUCAGUGAUAAAACUCCUGCAUCCGGACUGCAAUUAAAAAAACAGGAGAACCAGUGAGUUUUUAGGCUUUCUCGGUCACUUGACAUCGCAUUCAGAAGCUCCUCCAUUUCCACUCCCUGUUGUUUUUAUACCUGGAUCUCCAUGGAAACGCAGCGCCCAAAGUGUAAUUAUGGUGCUCUGCAUUGGACGAAUAGCUAUUUUAUUAAAGGCAAGGAGACGAAACUCAGAGAUGUGUGUCCGGACAGGACUAAAAUUACCGGAGGAUCACGAAGAGAGUUCAGAGAAAAACAGCCUGUAAUUUUCUCAGAGGACGUCUGACAAAAACAUGUACCUGAUCGUUCUGGACGGGAAUAAAAUCACAGAGGACCCCCUGAGAAACUAAUCCCAUCUGCAUAGGGUUUAUUAUAACUGUGCUAUAGCUGUGACGAUAUUAAACAAGCAUUCCUACUGUCUUUAUUAUUUCUAAGGCAACUAAUAAGCAUAGGAGUUGGAUGUGUCGUAUUUUGCCUGUUUUUAUGUUUUUUUUGGAUGCACACACAAGAGGUGUGUAUGUAUAUAAACUGACAUGCCACAUGUCAUGGGACAGGAACUAGUUUAUUGUCCAAAGGCUUUUGUCAUUUUCCUUGUAACCUGUGGGAUGUGGGUGUGAUUUCUGCCAUUGUUGCUUGUCUGUUUGAAUGGACAGUUCUAGCCAGACACUGUCGGCCACCAUCAUUACCACCCACUGCACUGUCCACUGUGGGUGGUAAUAAUGGCCCCCUAUGGUGUAAUCCAUUGUUUAGGGCUAAAUUUCUGAAUUGAAAGUAUUUGUUAGCUCAAAAUAGUUUUGUAGAGCAAAUUUCCAUGAUUAUUCCGAAACGUUCUGGGUAUUUUUAUUUUUCCAAAACUUAUCCAGGUCUGGAAAUUGCUUAAUUUUAGCAUUUCAGUUUACUUUCUUCUUUUACAUGACCGCUAAAACAUAUGGGAUUUUAUAAAAUGUUAGUGUAUUUUGACAUAAUAAGUCAAGUCAUUAUGUAGCCCUAACCUGAGUAAGGGAAUUUAGUUAUUUGUAUUGUUUGUUGUUGUUUUAUCUUGUUUAUUAAAAUGUUUAAGAUGGAAUAGAGUGCAAUUGAAUACUUUUUACUGAAAAAGAAAAGGUCUGAUAAUGUCUGUAUUGGAAAAUGUUGAGUAUUUUUAUUGGAAGACAAAGGAAAACAUCUGAAAUGAGCCUUAUUGUUUUUACUUUUGAGUCUUAACUGUUCAAAUUAAUUAUCUUAAAUGUAAAGCUGCUUUACUGUGGCUGUGUUUAGACUGCAGUAAAUCGGAUUGUUUCUGGACAUCAUAAGCAUAUCUUCAUGCACUUUCCUCAAUUUCUGGAAUUAAUAGAUUUUUUAAUAUGAUUUGAGCAUCCAGAGUGUCCUGACUGAGCCACAUCUUUACAAAUAUGAUGAAAAUCACAUUUCAAACCACUUCCAGUUGUGGUUUCUGGCUGUUCAGACUCUACAAAAAAUCAACCUGGAUACAAUAGAUAUACUAAAAAUCAGAUUUAGGCUGGCAGUCUGAACAUACCCAAAGUCUAGGCUGCCGUGUAUGGGGGUAAAUCCUGCCAAAAAUAAAACUGAAAUGAAAACACUAAAAUAAAAAUGCAAAUAACUUUUUUUUGCAUUAUAUUUGAAUAUAUUUGCCUAUUGCAAGGACAAAACAAAUAAAAACUACACUAUUGCAUUUUGAUUUUAGUUUUGACAUUUAUUAAGCAGUUCUAUAAGAAAAGGAAAAAGGCCAAUAAAAAGUGAACCUUUUUAUUUUAUUUUUUUAUUAAUUUUAGAUUUGACUGUGAAUUUAAAAUACCUGUAUGGUAAAGAAAAUGAAAUGGAAAAAUGACCCGUGCUUAAGUUAUUUAAUUUUGUUCUAAUUUUGUCAUAAUACGGCUUUGAACAAAAUUAAGAGCACUUCAGUUUCUGAAUCAGUUUCUCUGAUUUUGCUACUUAUAGGUUUAUAUUUGAGAAAAAUGAACAUUGUUGUUUUAUUCUAUAAACUACAGACAACAUUUCUCUCAAAUUCCAAAUAAAAAUAUUCUCAUUUAGAGCAUUUAUUUACAGAAAAUGAGAAAUGGCUGAAAUAACAAAAAAGAUGCAGAGCUUUCAGACCUCAAAUAAUGCAAAUAAAACAAGUUCAUAUUCAUAAAGUUUUAAGAGUUCAGAAAUCAAUAUUUGGUAGAAUAACCCUGGUUUUUAUGCAUCUUGGCAUCAUGUUCUCCUCCACCAGUCUUACACACUGCUUUUUUUUCAGAGCUGUAUUUUCACACAUUGAAAAAGGAAGCUAAUUUCCGUGAAAUGCAGCCCACCUAGGAAGCAGCUAGUGAGUUUUGUGUGUAUCACCGCUUUUAAGAGGGUGAUUAAAAGAGAAAAAUAUUGCUAUUUUAAUUUGAAGAUGAUAUAUUUUAUUGUUAUAGUCUUAUUUUCUCAGAACUGACUUAUUCUGUUUCUUGUCCAGAAAACAUCAUGUAAUCCCAGUUAACCGUGUCAUAAUUUGGAAAUGAAUAAAAUGAAUAAUGUUUGGUUGCACAAUUGUGUAUCGUUAUGUAAUGUCAUGACUCCAAGAAUUAAUGACAAUUAAAUGAUGCUACAAUAAACAUUACUAUUUCUCUAA